UACCAGGCGGGUACCGGGGCGGGUACCGGGCGGCCCGAUCCGGGGGCGGAGCCGCCCGCGCGGUCCCGGCGUCCCCCGCGCCCGGAGCGUCGCCCUGGAGACGGCGCCGCAGCCGGCGGGCAUGGACGGGCCGGGCCGCGCCGCGGAGCCCAGCGGAGGGACGGACGGGCCGGGCCGCGCCGCGGAGCCCAGCGGAGGGACGGACGGGCCGGGCCGCGCCGCGGAGCCCAGCGGAGGGGCGGACGAUGGGGCCGGCGGUGCGGCGAGCCUGCCCCAGCCCGCCGAGGACACAGGCCGCCCCACAGAGCCGCGGUGCGAGACACCUCCGGCCGGCCCGCAGCCGAACCCCGCGGGCCUGCUCACCCUCCUGGCCUGCAGACUCGAGUCCCCACAGGCAAACGUUCACCACGAGGCAGAGGAGAAUUCUGAGCCGACACGGGAGUACUGUGGCAACCUGCAGAGGCCGUUCCCGCUCCCCGAGGACCAGGGAGGCAGAUUCUGCUGCGGGCACAGCCGAGAGCUCUGCGAGAGGAAGAGGCUCGAGGAUGCCAGCAGCCUUCCCAGAGCUGACAGCUCCUGUGAAUCCGACGGCUCUGAAGCCAACCUGCUGCUGUCAAAGGAGCAAGAGAACUGGAGGCAGCAGAACAGACACCUGGUCACAGAGUUGGCUGACCAGUCUUUAAAGCUGAGUGGAGGCGGGACACCAGUGCCUGUUGUGAGAGCAGCCGAUCCCAAGCCGGAGCCCCGGCUCGAGGAGGAGCCUGAGCCGGAGGAGCCUGAGCUGGAGGAGCCCGAGCCAGAGCCCCUGCUCGAGGAGGAGCCCGAGCCGGAGCCCCUGCUCGAGGAGGAGCCCGAGCCGGAGCCCCUGCUCGAGGAGGAGCCCGAGCCGGAGCCUCUGCUCCAGGAGGAGCCCAAGCCAGAGUCCCUGCUCGAGGAGGAGCCCGAGCCAGAGCCCCAGCUUGAGGAGCCUGAGCCAGAGCCCUGGCCCAAGGAGAAGCCGGAGCUCUGGCCCAAGGAUGAGCCUGAGCCAGAGCUCAGGCCCAAGAAGGAGACUGGGCCUGAGCCCAAGCCCAGGCCCAAGAAGGAGCCUGGGCCUGAGCCAAAGCCCAGGCUCAAGAAGGAGCCCGGGCCUGAGCCCAAGCCCAGGCCCAAGAAGGAGCCCAGACCCAAGCCCAAGUCCCAGCCCGAAGAGGAGCCCGAGCAAGAGCCCGAUCACGACACGAAGCCCAUGUCCUGCAGCGUCCUCAGCUACGAUUUCAGUCUUCUGGGGAAAAAGGUGGGGAAAGCUAAAUUGGUGCAGAAGUACUACAAAAAUGGAAAGAAAUUCCUUACCAUGCUCCCAGAUGGAACCUCGCAGUUAUUCUAUCCAUCUGGAAACCUGGCCAUCAUCAUUACACGGGAGAGAGACCAGCACAGUCUCAUAGUACAGGAAGAUGAGCUGAAGACAGCCAAAAUCCGAGCACUGUUUCAGUCUGAUGGCAGGAGCACAUGCUAUUACCGGAACGGAGAUGAGUGGAUCAGUAUGAGUAUCCAGGGGGGGCAGUAUUUGGACCAAGCAGGCAACAGGGUAAGAAGGUGGAUGUGGCCGAACUUGUCACCAGAACCGCACGUCCCACUGAGCCCCAUUUUCAUCUCCCUGAACUGCCACGUGGGAGUCAGGAUCCUGGCCCAGGACAAGAUCUUCGUCUCCUUCCUCGCCAUGGGGCAACAAGCAAAAUUCAACAUGGGAACCCAAGUGCAGGUCAGCGCCGCCGGCCAGCUGCCUCCUCCAGCCCAGCUGGGCGAGGAUGAGCUCCUGCUGCUCGCCUUCCGGGUGAGGAUCCUGCAGCUCUUCGACAGGAUGCGUGGAUGCCUCAACUUCCCCAACACUGAGCAGUGGAACAAAAUGCAGCCGCCCAUGUACCUCGUGACCCAGGCUGUGAAGAUCCUGGAGCUCUGCAUGGCUGCUGACAUAAGUGAGGAGCUGCGCAGCUCCAUCAAGACAAUAGUAAAUGCACAGCAGCUCUGAUCAGUGUGUGUGUGUAGUGUAAGGCAGAAUGAGGCAGAGACAGUCCCCGAUGCUGUGGCACCUGCGUCUGCUCAGCAAGGAUUCUCCUCCUAAGGGCAGUCCAGGGCUGAUCCACACAGCCCCAAGUGAGUUUUGCUCAGGGCAGGCUGUAGCAGCCCGCACUGACGACACCUUGGUCAUGGAGGCACAAGAGGGCUUUGCUUGGGGAGAGCAGUGCUGUGCUCCACAGCAGUGCACUGCUCCUCAGCAGCCUCCCUUCUGCAUCCAGCCCUGGCUGAGUAGUCACUUCAGCCCUUGGGUAAGGCACAAGAUAGAGCACAGCCAAGCCAGGCCUUGGGACAGGUACACAGGCAGGUGUUUGCUAGGGUCACCCACACAGGUACUGCUCUGCCACUCCUGACAAGAACGUGGCACCAGAGGAAUGCCCCAAGUGUUCCUAGUGCCCAUGCCCACGGCAGCUCAGCCGGCUGCAGUACAAGGCAAGGUCAUUCCUUGUGCAGAGCAACAAAUGCCCUCAGCAUGCCCAAAGCAAUCACCUAUGCUUGACUCCAGAGAGCACCAGCUGCAGCCUGGGAUGGGUUCUGGUUCAAGCACUGCAAACAGAGCUGUCAGUGGUGCUGCAGGCAGCAGUGAGGAACCUCCCAGCCUUUCAGAGCUGCUAAUGAAACUGGGGGUUCACUGGGCAGCUUCCACCAGGGAGGCCACACCUGAACUGUGGCAGGUGCCUGAACGAAAAGGCCACACCCUAUGUGCCCCUCCCGAACUGGAGGUUCUCAGGGGCUUAUACACAACAAAUACAAGGUCAGUAACUUUGGAAAGUUGGCUUUUUAUGCAGUUUUUCAAUUGCAGUUCCAAGAAUGUCCAUCAGUGACAAACAAGGUACUUCACACAGGAAAUGGGAACUCUUUAUUUCAAUUAAUGUUCUUGGGUUCUAUUUAGGACAGCAGGAAGGCCCAGCUCAUCGCUCAAAUGGCCAAGGAAGAACUGCUGAGGCUGGCCCACAUGAUUAAAGAGUAGCUGAUCUUAAUUUUCACCAAAGUCACCAAAUGAUGUAACUAUUCAGCAUAUAAUUUUGCUUAUAUAAUUCAGUAUAUAAUGCACUGUUCGACUCUGCCAUAGAUUUUGAAAAAUAUACAAACCUGUUUUAACCACAUUAAAGAGAUUUGAUAGACAGCUAUCAAUUACUCAACAGUUUAGGACAAUUAUCAGACACUCCUAUAACUUCAUUUUAAACUACAAAAAGAAC